AUGUUUGUCGGCGUCACUGUUCUGUUGCUGAGCUGGGCCAGCUGCGCCCUCAGCGCCCAGUACCAGGAGCGCUACCUGGACGUGCCGGUCGACCACUUCAGCUUCAGCAGAACCAACGAAACCUUCAAGCUGCGCUUCUUGGUAGUGGAACAGUUCUACGUCAAAGGCAGCCCCAUUUUCUUCUACUGCGGCAACGAGGCCGACAUCACCACAUUCUUCGAUAACACCGGGUUUCUUCUGGAAAUUGCGCCCAUCUUCAACGCCCUGGUGGUUUUCGCCGAGCACCGUUACUACGGCCUGUCCAUGCCCUUAGGAGCGCGCUCUCUGAGUCCUUCUGAGGGGCUGCGCCUGCUCACCACCUCCCAAGCGCUGGCGGACUUUGUGCGUCUGAUCGACCACCUGGGGGGGCAGUACUUCGGCACCAUGCUGACCAAUGACACUUUUCCAGUGGUGGCGUUUGGCGGUUCGUAUGGCGGCAUGUUGGCGGCGUGGUUGCGCAUGAAGUAUCCCCAUGUGGUGCUGGGCGCAGUGGCCUCCUCAGCCCCAUUGCUGCAGAUGAACAACCUGGAGCUGUGCCAGGCGUUCUACCGCUCCGUCACUGAGUCGUUUGCGGCCAAUGGCAACUGCAGCUAUCCGGUGAAGUUGUCGUGGGCGGCCAUUCGAAACCUGUCGGAAACUGUGCAGGGACGACGCAGUGUUUCGCAGGUGUUCAAGUUGUGCAAGCCGCUGGAGUCUAGUGAAGAUGCCGGCAAGUUAAUCGACACCCUGGUGGAUAUUUACGUGAAUCUGGCAAUGUUGAACUAUCCCUAUCCGACUCACUUUCUGGCGCCGCUGCCCGCCAAUCCAGUGAAAUCCUUCUGCGACAAGCUGCGCAGCUUUGGGGUGGUGGAGACCGCCGUGGAGCUGCUCCAGGCGGUGUCCAGUGCGCUGGAAAUCGCCACCAAUUUCUCGGGAAACACUCAGUGCAACAACAUCGAAACCACAGUGGAACAGCCCGUUGACUACGCCUGGGACUUCCAGGCCUGCUUCGAGCUGGUGAUGCCCAUCUGCAGCUCGGCGCUGGACAUGUUCGAGCCGACCCAGUGGAACUACUCGAAAUACGCCCAGGACUGCAGCAGGAAGUACCAAGUGACGCCCUACUCCUCCAACGGGGUUCUACUGGAGCAUGGCGGGCGCAUUCUCAAGUACGCCUCCAACAUUGUCUUCAGCAAUGGGCUUUCAGAUCCCUGGUGCAGUGGCGGGGUGCUGAAGAACGUCUCAGAUUCGGUGGUGGCGGUGCUGAUUCCCCAGGCCGCCCACCAUUACGACCUGCGCGCCGCCCAUCCGGUGGACUCGCACUAUGUGCUGGAAGCCCGCAAGUUCCACGUGGGGCAGAUCAAAAAGUGGCUGAAUAUUCCGUAG